AUGGAGGCAUGUGACCUAGAACUGAGUCUCUGGGUGGUAGCUCUGCUCAUUGGUACUAUAGAGAGUAUGUCCAAUUUAAGUUUCAUGGGUAUCCCUUGUCUUGAUGAAGUUGGUACUGAAGGUUUGUUGGCCACAGAGGAUAGCAUUCCCAAUGCAGUUGGUGCCAAAGAAGUGAGAGCUGGUACUAAAAGAACAAAACCAAAUAGGAAGUUGACAUUCCUAUAUCUGGCCAAUGAUGUCAUUCAGAACAGCAAAAGGAAAGGACCAGAAUUUACAAAAGACUUUGCACCAGUUAUAGUUGAGGCCUUUAAGCACGUUUCAAGUGAAUCUGAUGAGAGUUGUAAGAAGCACCUUGGCCGAGUGCUCUCUAUCUGGGAAGAAAGAUCGGUAUAUGAAAAUGAUGUAUUAGAACAACUUAGACAAGCUUUGUAUGGUGACAGAAAGGGCAGAAAGCGCAUAUUUGAACAGAUAAAAGUUGAUGAAAAUAACUGUUCAGCACAAAGUUCUCCAAGUGACCCUCCACAGACUGCAGAUCUUAUUAGAGCAUUACAAGAACUAGAAAAUGCAGCCUCGGGGGAUGCAGCAGUUCAUCAGAGGAUAGCUUCAUUGCCCGUAGAAGUACAGGAUGUGUCCUUAUUAGACAGAAUAACAGAUAAGGAAUCUGGAGAACAGCUUUCCAAGAUGGUAGAUGAUGCUUGUAUGGUACUGGCGGAUUACAAUGGCAGGUUGGCAGCUGAAAUAGAUGAUAGAAAACAAUUAACUCGAAUGUUAUCAGACUUUCUACGAUGUCAAAAAGAAGUCCUUGCAGAAAAAGAGCAUAAGUUGGAAGAAUACAAGCGCAAGUUAGCCAGAGUAUCCCAGGUGAGAAAAGAACUUAGGACACGAAUCCAGAAUCUUCCUGAUCUGUCUCGACUUCCCAAUGUCACAGGAAGCCAUGUGCACCUACCAUUUGCCGGAGACAUCUACAAUGAUGAUUGAUUAUAAGAACAUCUAUUUCUAUAGCCUCUGCUCUUCUGUGGAGUGAGGGGUAGGUCAGACUGAUUGAUAUUCCCGUAGUAUUAUUUUUGUACAUUGUUGGAGAGUGGUGGUAAAAAAUGCUCCAAAUAAUUUAUAAGAAUUGUUUAAAAUAUUGAUUUGUUUACUGUUUUAUUGGCAAGUGAACAUAUUGGUACAUUUAUAAAAGGUGGCAUCUGUAUAUUAUUAUGUUAAAGAAUGAGUAAUUAUCUUGAAAUAUUAUCUUUUGUACAGAUUUUGAUCAGGUGCCCUGUAAGAAACUGAUACAUUUCUUUUAUUUUUCUUAUGUACCCUCUAUUCAAUGUAGUUCACAUUACAAUCAAAGAAUACAUUUAAAUUGCCACAUUUCAGUGCCUAGUGAGGCAAUGGAACAUUGUGGAAAUCAUAAUUUUAUGUUUCUAAGAAGACUACUGCAAUUUAUUUUUUGUGUGCGGAGUGAUGUUUCUGGUUAUUUAUUAAUUUAAUUUACCCACGCCCAAAUAAGACUGUUGAUUUAUUUUCAAGUAAAUACUAUUAACCAGAUUUGAAAAUGGAAAAUAUAAAUCAUGAUAAAUUGAACACAUUUUAGGUGACUCAAAAUUGGCAUAAUAUUUACUUUUAAAUAUUAAAAUUAAAAAUACUGCUUAAGAGCCAAACAUUUUAAUUAGUGCAAUAGAAAUAUUUUUUUUCUCUGACAGCUUGGUUUCUGAAUUGAAGGAGCACUUUGUACAAUAACCUAUUUCUGCCACAUUCAUCUCCAUUAACAAACCUGAUCCAAUAAAUGUGACAUCAUUCCACAAUUUUAAUUACUACAAAUAGCAUUUUGAAAGCUAUAGAAAAUUUGGAUCAGAGCAUCCUCUCCCAUGAAGAAACUUGUCCAGAGAGGCCAUUGAGAACUACUACUCCCCUGCCUCUGAGCCUCUCAGCAAACAUAUAAGUCUUGGUCUCCUUUUCUUACAAAGAGGGGAUUUUCUCCCAGAAAAUCUAGGCCACUCUGUAUAUUAAACUGCAAGAAUCAUUGCUGAAUGUGGGUUUAAAAACAACCUGUCACUGUAUAAAUAUAUUUGUAUGUCAAUAACUAAACUAUCAAAACAAAGUUGUUUACCCCCUUCCUUUUAAAAACACUAAGAAGUGGGUGUUUAAGGAUAUUUAAGAGCCUCAAGAUGCAGCUAGAUGCCUAGUGGGAUUUUCAAAACUGCCUUACUAGCUAUUGAUAGGAGUUAAGCAUCUAGGAAUUUUUGAAAAUCCCACUAGGCUCCAAGUCCUUUAGGCCCCUAAAUACUCAUAAGCAUCUGACCCCAAAUGUAUGUUUGUUUUACUCUGAGAGGCUUUAUUAUUAAGUGUUCUGGUGAGAGGCUUGCCUAAAGAAACCAUUUCAUUGUAAACCUUUAUAAGCAAUAUUAAUAAAUACCCACUCUUAAUUAUAUGUGUCAUGAAAAUUACAUUUACGUCAGUUUAAACAAAAAUAAAGUUUACUGCCAUUUAACACAUUACUGCACAUCCCACUUUGCAGACUUAAAACCAGUAGCUUUAAAAAUAAAAUAAACUGAGAUGACUCAUAGUCAUGGAGUAAAAUCCUGACCCUACUGAAGUCAAUGGAAGUUUUGCCAACUAGUCAUUGGCCAUGGAAUAUUUAACCACUGUCAGCAGGAUAUAACAACCUUCUUUAUGAAAAUAAUCAUAUUUUGACAAAAACAUAUACCUUUUUCAAAAGAGGAAAUUCUGGCUGUAUCACAAAUGGGCAGUAAUUAGCUGGAAAAAUAGAUGGAUUGAAAUUACAGGAUCUGCACAGUAUCAUUACUUCAGAAUAAGGUUUGGCAGUCCAUACAAAGAUCUCAGGAAGUUUGGACUUUCACCCAUGGAUUUCUCUGUGCAUCUGAAGGUGUGUGUGGGGGGAAAAAAGGGCCAUACUCUCUGCUGUUUCCCCAGAUUUUUCCUGUUCUCCCUGACAGUAUACCAUCUAGGCUGCUGCUGCAUGGCUUCUCAAGCCACACCUCACCCCAAAACACUCCCAAGUCCCCCUCAAGUUUACAUGCAUGAAGUAGGAACUUGUGAGAAUUAAAUAUGACAGGAUCAAACAUUAAUUCUUGAACACUUUACCCUGCAAUUUGCAAGGAGACAACAAUAUAUAGAGAUGUUUUCUUUGGGAGUUUCCCCCCAAAAAACCUGAUUAAGUCUAGACUGCAAAGAAAAGUUGGAGAAAGAUGUGCAAACUGCGAAACACCAUUUGCAAGCGGGGGGGGGGGUGUUCAAAAGAGGCUUUUCCAAAAUUUGGCCUGUC